AUGACAGGACAUUAUUUUUUUGACAACAAACCCCUUACUCUGAAACCAUGGGAUCCUGAUAUGGAUAUGGAUAAACCAGAGCUUCAAUCUGUACCAAUAUGGGUGCAAUUGAAGUUAAACUUUAAGUAUUGGGGUGAGAAGGCAACAUUUAAGAUUGUGGCACAAUUAGGGAAGCCAAUCAGGAGGGACCAGGCUACAAUUUGUAGAGACAAAUUGCAGUUUUCUAGGGUAAUGGUGGAUGUGCCAUUGUCACAAGACUUACCUGACUACAUCUCUUUUAGAGAUGAGAAUGGAGUAAUGGUGAGAGUUGCUCUAUUCUAUGAAUGGAGGCCAACAAUGUGCACACAGUGCAAGAUGUUUGGUCACUUACAGGCUGAGUGUAGACAAGGUAUGAAGAGGGUUUGGGUCAAUAAGAUCACUAAAUCUUCACAACCUGAUCCAGCACCAAUCAUUGAACAUGUGGCUAGCCCUAUUGUGGAUCAAGAGGGAUUUCAGAGAUCUCUGGAGCCAAUAAGGGUGAGAGUUGAAUCAGAGGUUCCAGUUAGGAUAUCUAAUGCAUUUCAGAUGUUGGAUGCCCCAAUAAUUGAUAAUGCAGACUUGGUAGGAGGACAGGUUCAGGGGAAUGAACAAAGUAGAGUUUUAACUGGAGAUGGGAACUCUUCCAACUCUAAUGGAUAG